AAGCCUAACGUCUCAUCUCAAACCAUCGAAACAACUUCGACGACAAUGUUUUCCUUUGUACCACUUGCUCAGGCUCCUCAUACUCUCUCGCUGAAGACUCUAUCCUCGUCGUAUCCUUCUGAGGACUUUUCUCUGCGUCAUGACCAUCCUCGCCACACCCACCCUCGCCACACUCAGAGCAUCCUUCCCUUCGUCGAUGAUGUUUCCUCCUCUUCUUCAGAACUCUAUGUUUCUCGUCAACGUUACUAUGAGGCUCUAGCCGAAGCUCGCGCUGCUGAGGCCGAGUAUCUCCAGGCUCAGGCUCGCGCUCGCGCGGAAGAAGCCAGAAUCGAACGCCAGCGAGCCCUCCAAGCCGCUGCCAGGCAGAGGGCCUACGAAGAGGAAGUUGCGCGCCAAGCACGUGUGAAGGAGAUCGAGGAAAUACACAAGAUGGCGAAAGCUCUCCAGAUGGAGAGGGAGAGGUCGGAGAAGAUCGAGUCCUUGAAGAGGCGGAUGCUUGGAAUGCCCCAGGCUGAGGUUGACGUCCCAAGACUUGCAGCUUGCGGCCAGCAGCCGCAAACACCUGAUCGUCGCGAAGAGCAAGAGGCUCUGAGGGCAUUCUACGAUUUCUUCUAUGGUGGCACACCCGUGCGCAAGCCAGCUCCUGCUUCAGCAGAACGCGUCUCUAUUUCACCCACUACAUUAUCUCCAGCCUUCGUCCCUCCAACUCCUGCUUCCGAGACUCAACUCAAAUCGCGUUCCGCAGUCCCUCACUCCUCGCCGCAGCCUGACGAGGACGCAAACGCGAACCUCCUUUCCCACCUUUUCGGCGUCUCGCUGGACGAUGCGAAGAAAGUGUUCCCGGUCGAGUCUGCUAGCCCUCCCGCUCACGCCACGGCGCCUGUUCCAGCACCCACCCCUACGAAGGCGAAGCCUACAACCACGUCGAAUAUUCAGGAGGACAAGUCGGCUGAAGCUGCCGCGUUCAAGAUCUUCGCAGAGAUGUUUGGUCUCAGGCCUGCUUCAGCGGCAUCGAAUCAGACUGAGAAGAAGGCUGCUCCUCCGACGACUGCUACCGUUGUUCCUGGCGAUAAUUCUGCUCAGGCAGUUGGUGUCAAGCAGAAAGCUUCGCACCAAGCACCCUCGUCCCCAUCUCCCGAUAAAUCAUCUACGCCGGCACCUGCCUCAGCUUCGCCCGUGGACAGGCCUUCCUCCCCAAGCAAGCUCGCCACCCGCCUGCAGGAGGGCUUGUCAUCAGGCAAGCUGGACAAAGAGAUGGAAGAGGUCGUUAAGAGCCUAUUGACAAGUCUCGCUGGCCCAGCCAAGCAUCAGAAGCCUGAGGCUAACUCUGAGUCGAAGUUACCUGACGUUCAGGAGUCAGCACCCAGAGAUAAUAAUCACAAUGCAUCUUCCUCUCCACCCCGUCCACCCAUCUCGAUCUCCAUCCCGCCUAUGAACACCAACGCCCCCGCCACAUCUACACUCUCAUUUCCAGAACCUCCCUCUCCCGCCGAAUCCACCCACUCUACUCUCUCCAACCACUCCACAAUGUCCAUCCUCUCCAUCGACAAAAUCGAGUCCUCGUUCUACGAACUUCGUGACUCCUUCACAUUCCCUUCUUCGCUCGACUUUGUCGCCACCGCCACACAAGACGGCGAAGACGGACUGGAGCUCGCGUUCACACCGACCAACACCCCGCUCCGCGCAUACGAACAUUCACUGAACGGGUUGUUGGCUCAGUUGGAUGAGGUGGAGAGUGAGGGGGACGAGAGUGUGAGGGGGAGGCGGAGGGAGGCGGUCAGGGAAGUUGAGAUGGAGUUGGAGAGGAUUGAGAGGAGGGUUGGGGAGAUGAGGCGGGCGGAGGAGGGGAGAAGAAAAAAGGUCGAGGUGAAGGCAGAGGUCGAGCGUGCAGAGGAAGUUGAGAAAGAAAUCGAGGAGAUGAAGGAGGCCGAGGAAGCUGAGGAGGAAGCUGAGGUUAGAUCUGCCGCUGUCGACGUCACGCCUGAGGCAACGACUUCCAGUACUACCCUCCACGAUCUGAAGAAGUCGGAAGCCGAGUUGCUCCCUGCAUCUGCAUCGACGGGGGAAUCGCAGUCUGCCACCACCACCUUCUCCCUCGUCGACCCUUCCGAUGCUGCCACUCCCGACGACGGCAUGUCCGGUUCGACUUCGUCUGACAUUGAUUCUAUCAGAGACGUCGAGGAUGGUGGACUACAGAUCUCCUCGGCCCAGGACGUCGACGUCUCUGACUCCGUCAACGAAAUUCGUUCAGACUUCGAACCUUCACCGAAGUCUGCAGAAUCCGACACUACUUCUCCGUCUACUUCCCUAACAUCGACACCGUCUUCACCCCACAUCGCCUCCGACUCUGACGCCUCAUCGUCCGCCACCCCUGUCGAUGUGAAGCCUUCACCAUCACCGGUCGAGUCGGAUCCUGCACCUCUUGCUUCUUCCUCAAUCUCGCCUUCCGAUAGGCAGUCAUCGGAGAAGGCAGACGGGGAUCAUGAUGCGGUGCUUGUAUACGGGCAGACGAAGGAUAGUGAUCCCGAGGGGCCUUCAGAGAGUAGGAGUUCGGUAGAUGGGGAUGAAUGGACGAAGGUUGAUGCAUAGAUAUUUCUCUUGAUUUUCCACUGAACUCUUAUCUCGAGUGGCGAGGGAUGUAGUCUUACAUGUACUCAGUAUACCUGAUUGUAUUCUUAUUGCUCUUUCACAUUCUAUACUAGUAGCAUUCUUGAUGAUGAUUUCGCCUCUUUUGAACGGAGUGACGGGCACGAGAUCUCAAUAACAUUAUU